UGAAUCUUGAGUGUCCAGUCCCCGCUGAUUCGUGCCUCAGCGAGGCUUUUUGUGCUCCGAGCGAGCUGCCAAAUGCCAAAGAGAAAUUUCGUCAAACGGAAGUCAUCACAGCAACCACAAAACCAACAACGACGAGGACCAAGCAACACUGCUGUUGCCAUAAAAGAACAUAAAUCGAAUCAAAGCAACAGCAAACUACAACAAACAACAACAAACUACCAUGGAAGACGUCGGACGAAUGUUUGGUUUUGGCGACCCUGAAUUGGCCGAGAAUCAAGAGAUUGAGCACACGAGCUAUGGCGAGAAACUGUCGAAUGCGUGUUGCGGCAUGUUCAUUGGAUUUCUCUUGUUUUUUGGAUCUUUGGGUGUGGCCGGUUGGAAUGAGUAUCGCAAUGUGGCCAAUAUGAAGAGCAUCAACGAAGCCAAAGAGAUCUUCAAGGAAGCUUCCUGCAGUCCCAUCAAGACCGAAUUAGAGGGUCAAUUGGUCCAUGUCACCUGCCCUCUUUCCAACUUUCAAGUUUUGGGUCAAAAUGAUCCUGUUUUGCAAGGAAUUCCCGAAGCAGAGCGUACUGGAUUGUCAUUGGACUCGUAUAUGGAAGUGUUCCAGUGGAAAGAAGUUGUCAAGUCCAAGACCACGGACGACAAGGUAGGCGGAGGAAGCACCACCGUCAAGACGCACACGUACAAUCGAACUUGGGGCUUCAGCGCGCCCUCAGUUGUCAGCAAUUUUCACAAAGGCGGCGCCUCUUGCCAAACCCAAAACAACAACAAUGUCUGUCUCAAUUGGGAUCCACAGCGAGAAUCUUGGUGGUCCUUGUCGGGAUACGGUUUGGGAAAUAAGAAUAUCCAAACGGCGACCAAUGUCAAGGCCGGGGACUACAUCGUGCCCGACAGCAAAACAGGUCGAUUGGGGGAUUCCAAGGUGCUUACUCCUGCUUGCUCCAGUUCCAAUGCCGGCGGCACCACAACAACAACAACAACUACAGCUCCAGCAACUACAACUACCCCAGCCACAACUGCGGCUCCGGCCACAACCGCAGCUCCGUCAACCACAAACUCAACGGGCACUCGGCGUGAAUUGCAAUCAUCCACCACCACUACUGCUCCUGUUUCGACGACGAGUGGCACUUCUCUGGUCUGCUCUCCCGGUGGCGCGUCUCUACAGGGAAGCAAAAUGGUGUGGCAAAAGCAAGAUAGCAAUGGUCAAACAACCGACUACUUGACGAGAUCUUAUACGAUUCGCACGGCCGACACGGUUUCUAUUUUUGCGCUACAAAGAGGCAACACCUUUAUCAUGUGGGGAUCAUCCUAUGACAAUGAUUAUGGCCUAUUUGAAGUAACUGAUGGAAAUUUUACAGCGGUACAAUUGCUCGACCAAAAGGAAGCCGAAAACGUCGGUCUGACAUGGACACUGCGAUUCCUCACUCUGCUACUCUGCAUCGUUGGACUUGUCAUGAUCACAGCUCCCUUGACGGAAAUUCCAGAUAUCAUUCCUUGUGUCGGUCCCUUGCUGGGAGAUUUGAUUGGAUAUGCCUUGUGGGUGGUGGAUUGCCUCUUGGGAUGUUGCUGCUGGUCCGUGGUGGUGGCCAUUGCGUGGAUUGCCUACCGUCCCCAGGUGGCCAUUCCUCUUUUGAUCGCGUCCUGUGGACUCUGUAGUCUUGGAGGAUAUGCGGCAUAUGCCAAUCACCAGAAAAAGCAAGCAGGUAAAACGACUGAAGGAGGGAAAGGAGAGGACGAAGAGGAGGGUGACAUUGAAGUGGCAGCGGAAUACGCGCCCGGGGACGAGCUCGAGAAGGAGUAAGCUUUUAAUCACAGCACAUCUAAGUCUACUGUAAAUUCAUUGAGGUGGUGAAGAGCUCCAAUUGGCGCUCUUCACCUCAAAUAGUUUCACCACAGUCUCUAUUUUGAGAAUCUUACGAAACAACCAAAAGGG